CAGUCUUCCCCUGCCUGUGUGCUCACACACACACUCUUUCACAGCAGUGAUGGAAUAAGACGGGAGGCAUGAAGGUGCAGUGCAGCCAGGGGUUUGUGUGUGUGUAUGUGAGGAGGAGGAGGAGGAGGAGGAUCGAGUGUGUGUGAGGACAGACAUGAGGAGUUUGGGCGAGCUGAACGAGCUUCUAGGAUUUUCUGCGAGAUGGUGUUUUGCAGCAGUGCGGCUCAUGAAGAAGGCAACAGAAGAAUGUUUUCAGCAGCAGUCCUGAAAACGUUGAAUCUUCUCUCCACAUAAGAUCAGUCUCGGAGGCCUUAAAUGUACAUAUUUUCUAAAUAACAGUUCUGCACUGUUCAAGGACGUGAUGACUUUUGGAAAUAAUGGAUCGAAUAGGUAUUGGUGCAGUGUUUAAAAUAUAUAAGUGGAUGGACUGGCAACUCAAUGACACACAAAGAUAUUAUUUAAAACACAGAUGAGGAUAUCCGAAGCUCUAUGGAGAAUGAAGUGGACAUUCUAUCAGAUGGCACUAUAAAGAGGAUCAAAGCUGUAAAAGGCUCUGCUCAUUGUUCCUUCACAACCAGCCGGUCGUCUGCCUUCCAGGCCCAGAGAUGAGUGUUUCAGAGCCCGGUGAGAGCUUCCCUGCCAGGGGGAAAGGUGGAUCCAGAAUGAGGCUCCCUCUUCACAGUGACGGAGACCACAACGGGAAUGCUUUCCCAGUGUCCUCCUCCUCCUCUUCUUCCUCCUGUCCGGGGGAGCUGUCUCCAGAGUCACUGCGGAGUCUGAGCAGUCUCAGCGGAGGCGGAACUGAUAGCCCGCUGGACUAUGAUAUGUUUGAGGUCACCCUGACGACGACAGUGAUAACCAACACGGACGAAACGGCAGACGACGUCAUUUCAAAAUGGGUGCCACAGGGGGACAGUGAGGCCGAUGACAGUGGCGACGUCCUGGUAGAAAAGGUACAAACUGCAGUGGAGGUGUCAGAAUCCAAUGACACCUCUGCGUCCGUUUACCUGGAGUGUUGCCAGGACACGUGGAACGAUAAUGACAACCUGACCCUGGCUCUGUCACUGACGGCAAAUGAUUGUAGCCAGGGCGACAAUGACGACCUCAGCAGUGGCAGUGGAAGAAGGCAUGACUGGUCCACUCUGGAUUCAGAUGCAACAGAAGUCCCUGCUGAUGAUGAUGAUGAAGAUGAUGAAGAUGAGGCUUUGUUUCUGUCUGUGAGUUCUGAAGCUGGUUUACAGAGAAGCAGCAUGACCCUCACAUGCUCAACGAGUCAGUACAGCACGGGCCUGGUGAUUCCAGGUGCCGCCGCUGAGCUCCACUCAGAGGAGACCAUGGCUCUGAGUGUAGCCGAUGACAAGAUACCAGAGCUGGUGUUAGAAGGGCCCGAGGCCGCCUGUCCUCUGGAUCUGCUGAUGGACAGCCAAACGGAACCUCCUGCUAUCGAGGUCCUCGGUGAAAACAUCCAGAUAUCAUCGUCGUAUCCUUCUACCGUUCCUGCACAAGAUUCCAAGGAAAUCACAUCUCCCAAGGACUCUGAAAAAUGUCCAGCGGGCUGCAAACCCACCCGACCCAACACCAGUCAGCCUGCCAGAGUAGCAAAACCAAAACCAACCACUACUACUUCAACUGCUCCCAAGACCUCUGCCGCCACAGGCAUCAAACCAUCCAGUGUGGAGGCAAAGAAAGUUUCAAAACCAGGCCUGAAAAAUGUCAAGGCCAAAGUUGGGUCACGGCCCACCCCAACCCCGCCUAAAACACCCAGCCAGCAGAGCAAAUCUGCUCUAGCCAAUGGAAAGAAAGCUGCCCCUAGGAGGGAGGAAGCUCAGAUUGGGGAUGGGGGUAAAAGUCAAAGGUCACCUGCAGAUCCAGUUAAAGUGGUCGUUGUGCUGAAGCCCAUCAGAGGAAAAAGCAAUAACCUCAAAACCAACCACAAGGCAGCAGCAGCCUGUGACUCUGCCGAGCCGGACAAGAGGAGCGUAGCUGUCAGUCGAGCGCUCUCUGCAUCGACCGGCUCUUUGGGAUCUGAAGUGGUUGAGGAAGGACCUGUGGACACUCCCGGGCAGGCUGUCCAGGAAGUGCCUUAUCAACAGGGGACAGCCGAGAGUGCGGAGGCAACACAUCCGAGUGAAGAUGUCGGUGAAGAGUCUGUGGACGAGCCAAUGGCGGGUACGGGGGACGUCAUGAUGACAGAGGCCGCUGCAGAGAAACCAAGGAUUCAUAGCAGGAAAGUCUCCUCCAAGCUUGGGCCCAAUGCCAGGCAGCUGGGCAAAGGCACCAGGGGGGAUAAGGCCUCCGGACCGGCUCCACCUCCAGGCUCAGGGGCCGGACAUCCAGGACAGGGGAGCCCCGGGCACAGGCAAGCCCAGAUUGAAGGCUCCAUGUUAGGAGAAGUUGGACACUGUGGAUCUCCAACAAGAGUGAGGCAGAGCCAAAGUCAGAGCCAGGGUAUCCCCAAACCCCGCACCAGCAUAGAGCGAGGUUCUGCCUUGAAUUCCCUGGUUACUGCGAGCGCCAUCUUCAAGCCAACAGCCAAUCAGCAGCCUGCGGUGGGGUCGGCCGUGCGACCCGCUGUACCCGCGGCGUCAAAACUUCCUGUCAAGGGAUUACCCACAAGUCUAGGUUCUCUGUCAGUGGGAAGCCACGAGAACAAUGGAGCCACUGGCAAAGCUCCUCCUGCACCAACAGGGACCAUGCCAGAUGAGCGGCCCAGCAGAAGCAUGUGUCCCCUGGGCAGCCAGACCCCGGCAAAGCCCCCCAGCUCUGGCACAACGGCCACCCCUGGCACCAGUACUCCCGGUGAUACAGUCAGCACUGCUGCUCCGAAGCCUCUCGUCAUGAGGACCAGAGCUAUGUCUCUGCAGGCCAGGACCACAGCUACAGGUCUGAAGGCCCCGGCAGCCACCAACCACAUCACAGGCAAGAUGACAGCUGCGAGUCAGACAGCAGCGAAGGCGGCUCCCUCUGCCAGUCAGGGCUUGACGAAGCAGGCCUCCCAGUAUCCCUUGCAAAGAAGUGGCUCGGCGAGACUGAGUCGACUGAACAGUGCAGUCUGGGCUCAGCAGCUCUGUAUGACUGACUGGCUGACUCCAGUGGACAAGAACAAACCCCGGGAGGCUCCGGCAAGACCCGCAAACACCCACAGCAGCUCGCAGGCAGCAGCACCCGCCCGAGGAAACGGCCAGAACCAGCUGCAGCCUCCGCCUGACCUGGUACCAGACGUGGUGAAGGCGAACUCUCCCGCAACGCCGGCCCUCCCGGUGCUCGUCGCCGAAGUCACCAACACUGGGUCAGGCACCACCGGAGCCUCCGGACUCGGGUUCAAAGCGAGAACCGCGUCACGGUCCAGCCCCAAAGCCGGAUCCCGCGUACAGAAUGCAUCCAAACCCGGUGUGGCCCGGGUCGCCGCGGUCGACGGGACGACGGUCACGGCUAAACAGAACCAGAGCAAAGAGCAGGCGGAGAAGAAGAACCAGGCCAUCAACCAGCUGAGGAAGCUGCUCGUUCAGGGGAACAAGAGAGUGGAGGCUCUGGCUACAGUCAUCCAGCAUCUCUUCACUGAGCGCGAGGAGUCCGUGAAGCAGAAGAAGGAGCUGUCGCUGGAACUGGCAAACCUCCGAGAUGAGCUGGUCACAUCAUCGCAGUGCUGUGAGCGUCUGCAGAAUGAGAGGGAGGAGGUGCGCGUCAGCCUGGAGGAGGCCUCGAAAAGGCUGCAGGAGCAGCACAAGGAGGAGCUGGUGCAGCUGGAGGACAGACUGAGGAGUUUUUACCAGACAGAGUGGGACAAAGUCCACCAGACGUACCAGGAGGAGGCUGACAAGUGCCGCAUGUUGAUGGAGCAGCAGGUGGAGGAGCUGAGAAACCAACAGGAAGCAGAGAGGAAGAACCAGGAAGUGAAUCACAGCCAGAACAUGGAGUCUCUCAAACAGCAGUACGAGACUUCGAUACAAGAGUUGAAGAGGAUUCAGCAGACAGACCUGGAGAACUUGGAGAAAACACUGACGCAGACUGAAACUUCUCUCUCGGAAAAAAUAACCGAGCUGUCGGCAGAGAAGGAGGCUCUGAACGAGAGGCUGCAGGCGGAGGAGGAGAGGAGGAAGCGGAUACUCACCGACAAGAAUCUGAAGGACUCACACACUGUUUACCUGGAGCAGGAGCUGGACAGUCUGAAGGUGGUGCUGGAGAUCAAGAACAACCAGCUGCACCAGAAAGAGAAGAAGCUCAUGGAGAUGGACAAACUGGUGGAGACAAAUGUGAAACUGGAGGAGUGUAUGAGGAAAGUCCAGCAGGAGAACGAGGACUACAAGGCCAGAAUGGACAAACAUGCUGCUCUCUCCAAGCAGCUGUCCAGCGAGCAGGUCAUCCUCCAGCAGACGCUGCAGAAAGAGUCCAAGGUCAACAAGCGUCUGUCCAUGGAGAACGAGGAGCUGCUGUGGAAGCUGCACAACGGCGACCUGCUGGCGAGUCCCCGCCGCCUCUCGCCCACCUCGCCCUUCAGCUCACCAAGGAACUCCGCCUCCUUCCCCACGACCGCACCGCUGUCUCCCAGAUAACGCUGCAGGGAACCGUGACCCCCACCCCCUCCCCCAUUCCUCUCCUCUGACCCCCUGACUUCCCUCAUCACCCUUUUCCAGCCUUGGAAGGACAGACGAUGGUCAGGAUGCAGAGAGAGACUUCAGCCACGGCAGUGUUGUAGGAUAUGAAUCGCGUGAAAAAACUUGUACAUUUUUUGAAUGAAUCGCAUUAAAAGACGCUUAAUUUUGAAGGCAAGAAGACAUUGCAGUGGCACUGACGCACUUAAGUCUGAGCGUGGGACUGGCCUCGCUCUUUGUCGGUCUCUACCAAACGCCUGGUUCACCAACAAACCUUUUUUUUCUGAAGAAAAGUAAAUGACAGGCACACCUCAGGGUCUGUACAUAGCGCCUCAUGCUCGUUGUGACUAUCCUUACCUUUUUGUUGUCUUUAGUUAUGUUGUACAGCUCAUCGUGUUCUUUUGUACGCCUCUCUCUGAAGAGGUGGCUGAGGAAAAAAACAAUCCUUGGAUCUGUGGUGUAUGCAGGUUUGUGGAAACAGUCUCAAAGUUGUUUGGGUUUGGCCAAUCAGAAAAUGACGGGUAUUUCUUGGUGGAUUUGGAUCAACUUUUUUUUGCCUUUUCCCUUCAUUUAAAGAGGAUUUUUUAAUUUUAUUCUUUUUCCCCCACCACCAAAGAGCGAAGCUCAAUCACUGACCUGCUUUGGACCUCUAGAAGAAAGUGGACGGUCCUUCUGUGGGCAAAACCCGAGGAUCUGACCUUGUAUCACUGACAUGAACCUUUGAAUCAAUGGAUACCUGUUCCUCCAUGUAAGCUCCUCACAACCUCUACCUUAAGCUACUAUGUGGAAUGUAUUCACCCCUGGAUGUUAAGUCUGAGCGGGCCAGUUCAGACACACAUACAGUCUCAGAGCCAAAUAUGCCCCCUCCCCUCCCUUUGACCCCUUUCCCUUAAAUCUCUUAGCCACAAAGGGACACAACGUCCCCACAUCCCUUAAAACAAAAACCACCCUGUGCCCAAACGAAGCAAAGUUGAACUAGUGACGUACAAGUUCAAUUCUCCCUUUUUUUUCAACACCCACCAGUGAUCAUUUCCACAGAGAAAAACUCCCAGACUCUGUUUUACUGACACUGGCUUGUUUAACUGAAAUUUUAAAAUAUAUAUAUUUCCCUUUGUCUGUUGUUCGUCCUGAAAAACCUCAGAUGUACCCAAAAUGCCUCAUCGGUCCAUGCUCUGUUUUAUUUUGGACACAGAAUAAAUACAAAUACGACAAACGAA